GUAAUUGUCUGGGGGUAAGGGCUGCAUUUUAAUAAGGUGACGUCGCGUGCAGUCUGGGUGCAGGGUGCAAGCGGGGGGCGAGUGUGCGUCGGCGGCGGGCGCGGGGCGAGGAGUGCACCUGGGCGGCGGCCCACGUGCCCGGGCCGGGCCCGCUCGCUCGCUGCUCAGUCGCCAGCGAGCCUUUCUCGAGCGAACAGCGCGCGCCGCCACCACCCCCGCGCAGCGACAGGUGGCGCCGACGCCCGACGCCCGCAGGCCGCCGGCAACCCCCGCUCACUUCAUCCCCCCGCACCCCAACACCAUGAAACUUUAAUGAAACAUUUGCUAAACAAAUCACGGUGUGGUGCUUCGACGGACAACAGUUCACUAGUGCUGAUUGUUUCCCAUUCAAGGAUCCUUUGAAAAUGAUAGGCUGUUAAAGCAAACGCCGGUACUGAAAACGAUACUGCAGGGGCAAGAAGUCGCGGCGUGCGCGCGCCAUGGUCGCGCGGACGCGAUGACGCGCACUGCCCGCGGCAUGCCCCGCUGACAUGGCAUUCAGCCGCUUCGCGCUACUGACGUUGGCUACUCUUGCAGCUAUCGGGUGUUGUGUGUGCGCGCCGCAGGGCAGCGCGCAAGGCGGUGUGCAAGGCGGCGCGCAGGUACCGCCGGGCGUGCCGCACUCCACCGCGCCGCCCGGCCACGGCGGCGUCCGCAGAUUCAGUCAGUAUUCCAGAGGGCGGGGAUAUCGCGACUGGCGCACUCGUGGAGACCCCACGCUCAUCAACUCACUCUGGCGCAGUCGGCAACCACUCGGUAUCCGGAAACAACUAGGGAACGCGGAAGUGUACAUAGUCCUGGCCCUGCUGAUUGGGUUUGUGACGGUAGUGGUGGGGUGCUGGCUGUCGGACAACUGCUGGUCGCCGGAGCCGGAGGACAUCCUGGCGGGCGGCUGACCCGUGGCGGCGGGCGCGUGCACGCACGUGUAGCGCCCGCCUUCGGCCGCGGGCGACCGCGACAGCCCGUCGGGCGCGGGCUCGCUGUCCCCCGUGCUGCCGCCGCCGCCCGCGCGGGCGCCCGCCUUGUUCCACGCCGCGCGCCACUUCUGCCGCGGUGCCUGCCUCCGACUCCCCUGCGACAGGAGGACCGCACCACCGGUUUUUUGACCCGAACCGUUGCGGCCCUCUUGCCGCAUACAUGAAAAAACUAACGGCAAUCUCAUCUCGACUAUAGCUAAUGGUGGAGUGUGUGAUAACGAAUAAGUGAUUAGAAAAGACUAACUGUUGUAAUAGACUUUUGUAAGCGCGUUGUAGGUAGGUACGAUAAUAAACCAGACGUGGAAAGUCUUUUCUGAACUUUAAACGGCGACAAGGUGUCAUUUUAAUGAACUGCAAGAGCUUGGGGUAAGAGAUUUAUUUAAUUAUUAAUACAAGUAUGUAUGUACAUCAAUGUAAAGUAUCUUAUUGUAAUAAUACGAGACGAUUUUCCUAUGCGCAGGUGAGCGCUCGGGAUUAUGUAGCGAAGUAGAAGCUCACUGUAUUAUCAGAUGUUUCCCAGUAGGCAACGCUUCUAGCGGUCCCUCUAAUUUCCUGGACUUCACCUGACGCAACACUCAACUCACGUGGUGCGACUGCGUCUCCCUUUGUAAUACUUUACUGUUGUUUCUAAAAGUAUGUGCCUUGAAACGCUUUUCUCGACUUGACUUGUAGAUUAGAACGAGUUUUGAACCAUUUAGAAGAAAUUUCUUCUCUCUGUCUGUUAGGACAAGUAAUCCCAUAAGUGCAUACACAUCAUGACCGUGCCUUGACCGUUCUAUAGACUAUGAGAGGGACGUAAUUAACAAUAGGAUUUUAAAUUACGCUUUCCUCCAUUUGAGGUAACCUACCAAUGAUUGCUUUGGAGUCCGUAGUGUCCGGCUUGGUUUGUUGAGUUUUCAAUGCGCGGUGCAUCGUUAGCUGCUCGAGGACAAGAGUUAGGACCAAAGUCUUUUGCUACUUGUGCGUCAAUUGGAUACAAACAGUUCUAAACUCUUCACAAUAGGAUAAGAAACAACAAUGAGAGACAACGACAUGUACAUCUAAAUGUAGAAUUUGGAUACAUUUUAUUGGCAUUUUUACCUUAGUACCUAAAAGUUUUUGUAAAACCAUUCAUAAUGGUUACCUGCUAGUAAAUUAAACGCUUGAUUAAAAUAAUAUUUUUUAGCUUUCUGGAUCCAUCCAAAUUAAAAUAAUGAUUGUUACAAAAUUAGCUUUGGGAUAGCGCCUGCCAGUUAAAUAGCUUAACGAAUUAAUUAAAUAAACAUUCAUAACAGAAGAAUACUAAGUACCUGUAAGCAUUGUAGUUGUGUUUACGAAUUCGUUUAAAACUGAUGGUUCAAAUAAAAAAUAUUCCUACCUACUUUGUACUAACUUUUCUAAAACUAUAUUUUAAUCGUGCGGAAUGGGAACAAAUUCACAUCAAAGCAAUGAAAUCCUUCAAUCGUAAUCCAUUCU